AGUAGCAGCAGCGCGCGAGGAAGGAUGUCUUCGUCUAUUGUCUUCACGGCUCCUUUAUUGGUCCUAGCGACCGUGGCCGCUCUCACUGGCGCCCAGCAGUUCGCGUGCCCCCACGACUACGGGUUCUACGCGCACGACAUCGCAUGCGACAAGUACUGGGCUUGUGACUUAGGAGUCGCUACGCUCAAGACUUGCGGUAACGGCCUGGCUUUUGACGACACCGACCCUGAGAACCUCAAGGAAAAUUGCGAUUACCUGCAUAACGUCAAGUGUGGAAAAAGAACCGAGCUCCAGCCGCCUAUCGUCGUAGGCAACUGCAAGGCUCUGCACGGCAUCUUCCCCGACGACAGCGAGUGCGAAGUCUUCCACUCGUGCUGGGCUGGCGAGGGCACCCGCUACCAGUGCGGCCCUGGCCUCGCCUACGACAGACGCAGCCGCACCUGCUCCUGGAUGGACCAGGUCCCUGAGUGCAAGCAGCAGCGAGCUGAUGCCCUGGCGCUAACGGGCAUCCAGUGCCCAGAAGCUGGCAGACUCUCGGCCGUAGGUUCGUUCACGCGCCACGCGCACCCCGACGACUGCCGCCUCUACUACGCCUGCUUCGACGGCGUGCCGCGCGAGUACGGCUGCCCCAUCGGCACGGUCUUCGCCAUCGGCCAGGCUGAGGGCGAGGGGCAGUGUCAGGACCCGAAGACGGUACCGGGCUGUGAGGAUUAUUACGGAGACAUCGACAUCUCUGUCCUGAAGACCUUGGGCCUCUAGACGAGAUGUUCCCACCGCGCUGCCAUGUUAACGUGCUACACUACAAGCAAAUGAUGUCGAAAAAACGUUGACUACGAGUUGAUUUCGUUGAAACAGCGUUAAAUUAAUGUUAUUUCAACAUCAGAUGUCUGAUGGGUAAAAGCUACUGAAUGAUUUUUUAUAAAUUCGAGCCUAUAGAUUAAGUACCUGCGCCCCAUACGUUUCCCUUUCCAUAGACGCAAAACUUCAUCACUUUAUUUUGAAUGUUGGUGAAAGGGUGAAACGUGUGAACCAAAAUGGAGAACAGACCUCAUAUUUAAUUUAU